AUGAGGCACAUCAGACCGACUCAUCAUCGAAGCCAACCACCAGCUCAGCCUCAGCACCCCAAUAGGACAACGGUGCAAUCGUCGCUCACUCAUCUUUGGCUCGCUCAUCACACUCAACAUUACUCGCUACGGCCCUGGCUCAGAUCAGCUCAUCGGUUAAUACUCAGCACGUACGGCUUCUCAUCGAUACAGGUUCAGAACUUACCUUCGUCUCUGAAGCACUCAUUCACGUUAACAAACAUCCUGCCAUCAUUCAACGCUGCACCCCAGGAAUGGCCGCAUCUCACCAAGUUAACCUUGGCUGAUCCAGAUUUUCUGACACCACGGCCAGUGAAUAUUAUCAUUGGAUCUGAUUCAUAUGGGCAGAUCAUCAAGCCCAACAUCAUUAAACAAGAUACAUUGAUGCCAAUUGCGCAGCUCUCAAUCUUCGGAUGGCUCGUUCUCGGACCUGUCGACACAUCAUCAUCGGCAUCUGAUGCAUCUGUGCAUCAUGCAUCGAUUCAGGAGAGGGAAGGUGCUCUCGACGAGUUACUGUCGAGAUUUUGGACACAGGAAGAAGUGCCUACGAGCAACAAUCUCGAGCUUACUCCUGAUGAGCAAAGAUGUGAAGAACAUUUCAAGAGUAUUGUUUCACGGGAUUCAACAGGUCGAUAUACAGUUCGACUUCCACUAAAAUCAUCACCUGAUACGCUUGGCGAUUCGUAUCUCACGGCGCAUCGAUGUUUGCAAAGUCUACAAAGAAGAUUCUCCCGAGAUGACAACUAUCGACGUCUGUAUCACCAAUUUAUGACAGAAUAUCGAGAUCUCAAUCACAUGAAGAAAACUUCACCCGUUUCCAGUCAGCACACGCAAUAUUAUUUGCCACAUCACGGAGUGCUCAAACCAGACAGUGCAACCACGAAAUUACGUGUGGUAUUCAAUGGCUCGAGCGCAUCCACAUCUGGCCGCUUACUUAAUGAUAUCAUGCACACGGGAGCCAAGUUGCAUUUAGACGUCACCGAUGUCUUGCUCUGGAUUCGACAAUUUUGA